AUGUCGUCUCUUGCCAUCAAAUGGCUCACCAACCGGUUUCUUAAGGACAAUCAAUUCACCAAGUUCGGUGUCGAGGAUCCCUACUACGAGCACAUAAUCGUGGGCCAUGAUCGCCGGGGCAAACCCAAGCACAAAAAAAUUAAAAGAGCCAUUCCGGAUGGAAUUAGUGAAAACGACGCCAAGGUGCUUCUGUCCGUGAAGAAACAGGCUUUCCGCUACGACAUGUGGUUCACCUUCUUUGGGUUGCGGUUUGGCAUCUCCAACGUCGUAGGCCUCAUUCCUAUAGUGGGCGCGGUGGUGACCAAUUUCUGGUCUCUUUCACUAUUCUGGAAAGCGAGGGCCUUGGAGGACGGGCUUCCUUUGGACAUUCAGCUCAUUUUUCUCUUCAACAUCUUGGUGGACUUUCUUCUCUCGCUCAUCCCUAUAGUUGGAGAUAUCAUCGAGGUUGGAUAUAAGGCCAACCUGAGAAAUUUUCUCGUACUUGAAAAGCACCUUAUUCGUGUUGGCCAGAAAAAUAUGGGGCUUAUCAGUGAGGAUGACGUCCGGCCCGGAUUCUUGAAUGAUAAGGUCCAGCCCUAUGUCGAGGAAAGCAUUGUGCCAGGGGCCGCCAGGGCAGGAGAACACAUCAAGAAGUUUGUGCAGAACAACUUCAAGAACUCCGCGUCUUCUGAGUCUUCGGUCACAUCCGCAGCCACCACCCAGUCUUCGGACGCCACUGCGAUUGGCACGCUAGAAACGAACAUUGACGAC